UUAAUUUUCAAAUUACCUAAGUCUGAGCCUUGUAGCAUGUCGUAGUGGAUGGCCAGAGAGCGGUCCGAGGAGAGGAGAACCGGACAAUAUGGCUGCUAAGUCCAGCUACAAGCCCGUCACGCACAUCAUUUUCGACAGUGAUGGGACGGUUAUGGACACCGAAAACAUCUACACGGAUGCCAUAAACGAGAUCGUCGAACCCUUCGGCAAAAGCUACACCUACGAGAUGAAGCUGCGCUACAUGGGCAUGCCGGCGCUGCAGUCUGCUCAAAAGUUGGUCACGGAGCUGCAGCUGCCGCUGUCCCCCGAGAAGUACCUCAAGAUAUUCGACGCUGUGGUGCUCAGGCGCAUUCAGAACGUGAAACUAAUGCCGGGGGUCAAGGACUUUAUACUCCAUAUGCACGAUCAUCGCAUACCCAUGGCCAUUGCCACGAGCUCGGUGCGUGCCGCUUUCGAUGUGAAGUCGACGCCGCACAGGAGCCUCUUGCCCGCUCUCCACCACGUGGUCUGUGGCAAUGAUCCAGAGCUGCAGCCGGGCAGGGGCAAGCCACUGCCGGACAUCUUUCUGCUGGCCGCCUCUCGCUUCCAUCCUGCGCCCGAGCCCAGCAAGUGUCUCGUGUUCGAGGACUCGCCCAACGGACUGCGGGCGGGCAUUGCGGCUGGCAUGCAGGUGGUGCUCAUACCCGAUCCCCGAGUGCCCGCACAGCUGCGACGUGGCGCCACUCAGGUGCUUGAUUCGAUGGCGGACUUUAAGCCGCAACUUUUCGGUCUGCCCCACUACGACACGUGCUCAAAGUUUGAGUUUGGCUAACGGACACACAGCACA